AUGAAUGUCCAGGGCUACCCCCUAUACCGCCGAAGGGCUCCCAGCGGGACGGCCGUCAAAAACGGCCACGUGAUCGACGCCCGGGACGUCGUCCCUUACAGCCCCGUGCUCUCGCGUAAGCUGGGUUGCCACCUGAACAUAGAGCACUGCGCAUCUCUGAAGUCUGUGAAAUAUCUCUACAAGUAUAUUCACAAGGGACACGAUCGCGCCGUCCUCAGCGUGCAGGCAGACGAAGUGCAGAAGUACAUCGACACACGUUACGUCGGACCAUCAGAAUCCACCUGGCGACUGUUGACUUUCCCUCUACAGGGCAAGUCCCACACCGUACAGCACUUGGCGGUCCACCUGCCGGGCCUCCACCGGCUACACUUCCACGCUGGCGGCGAAGCGCAGGCGCUCGGCGGCGGCAAGCACACCACCUUGACAGCAUGGUUUGAGCUCAACUCCGCCCCCCCAGAUGGACGGGUGCCAGCUCCGCAGGACCUCCUCUACGUCGAUGUGCCCAGGUACUUCACGUGGGACCGAGGCUCCACGAAAUGGAAACGCCGAUCUGGGAAGACACCGUCGGCCGACGUCCUCGGUCGUUUGCAUACGUCCACGCCGGCCGAAGGCCAGCGGUGGUAUCUGUACUUGCUGCUCCUGCACGUCCGCGGAGCUGCAUCGUGGGGCGACUUCGCCCCACGCAUUGAAGGCGUUCCAGAAGACGCCCGCGCCCAUGACUUCAGGGCUGCUUGCCAGGCGCGCGGUCUCGCCGAAACGGACGAUGAGUACACAACCGCCCUGGAGGAGGCCGCCCGCAUCAAAGGAGCCCAAGGCCUCCGCAGCCUCUUCGCCGUCAUCCUUUUGCACUGCAACGUCGGGGCCCCCCGAGAUCUCUACGACAAGUUCGCCACCGAUCUCGCUGACGACUACACGCGCGAUCACGACGCUGCUACGGCCGCCAACCACGCCCUGGUCCACUUGCAGACUCUCCUGGCGCAGGGCGGCAAGACGCUGGAACACUUCAACCUGCCCUCCCCUCCGGCGAGCCUCGCGCCUGAGAAAGUUCAGCGGGACCUUCUCCGAGAGCAGGCGUACGACCGCUGCGCUUGCGCCCAGAGAGCCUCCGAGGCGCGGCCCCAGAUGAACGCCGGCCAGGCGGUCCUCGACCUCGCGCGCGGAAAGGGCGACGUGGCGUUGGCAUGCGCAUGGAGCGGCAUUGCGGCGCUGCUGCUCGAGGGCGGUCGUGCGUGUCACAGCCGCUUCGGUCUGCCCGUGCCUCUGCCGACGGAGGACGUGCAGAGCAACAUUGCCGCCGCGUCUGCUCGGGCUGAAGUGCUCCGGCGCGCGGCGGUGCUCGUGUGGGACGAGGCGCCGAUGGCGCCCCGAGAGGCACUGCAGUGCGUGGACGACCUCCUGCGCGACUUGAUGGACUCGGACGCCCCCUUCGGAGGCAAGAUCCUGCUCAUGGGCGGCGACUUCCGCCAGGUCCUCCCCGUCAUGCCCAAAGCAUCCCGCGACGAGAUCAUAUCGCACUCCCUGCAGUACCACCUCUUGUGGACUUCGGGCUAUGUCCAGGUCCACUCGCUGACCGUCAAUAUGCGGGCCCGACGGGACGCAGCGUGGCAAGAGUUCCUCCUGCGAGUGGGAAACGGGACAGAGCCCACAUGUCCAGACAUCGGCCCCCAGUCUCUGCGCUUACCCGACGACAUUGCGAUGGCGAGCGACACGCCGCCCACCGAGCUGUGCAAGGCCGUCUUCCCCGACCUCGUCGCCCGGAGUGCGAGCUGCGCGCGCCCUGAUCCACGUGGCACCGCUUGGACCUACUUCUGUGAUCGCGCCGUGCUCACCCCCACGAACGCCUCCGCAGACGAGCUCAACGACUCAUUGCUAGAACUGUUCGACCAGAGCAGGGUCCGAAGUUACUUCAGCGUCGACUGCAUCCAUGCUUCCGACCCUGCAGAGACAGCUCUCUGGCCGACAGAUUUCCUCAACUCGUUGCAACCAAACGGGAUGCCCCCGCACGAACUACGCCUCGCUCCAGGUUGCCUCAUCAUGGUCCUGCGGAAUCUGAACGCCGAGGACGGCCUCGUUAAUGGAGUACGAGCCGUCGUAGUGGAAAUGCAGGGGCGCGUCCUGGAUGUGCUGUUGGUAUCUGGCUCCCACGCCGGCGCCGGUGACACCAUGGACGCAGGCUGGGCCGACACCCCCGCCGGGCACCUCCGCGCCCAUACAGGUAAUGAGCACGACACCGACGACAUCGCAGAGCACGGCCCCGCGCCGCCUCAGGACGUCGAUGGGAACGCCCGCAUCCGGCAGCCGACAGCCCUGGCGUCCGACCCCAAAUCGGCCGACAAGACUGGAGUCGCACGUGCGCCCACGACAACACGUGAUGCCCCCAUGUCCCCUCCGCGGCUGCCUGCACCCACAGACGGCGACCAGCCCGUGCGGCCGUCACAGAGCACGCCGCAAUCGCACGCACCGCCUACACCGCGAUGGCAAAUGCACUUCGACACCGACCUGCCCCAGCCCACGCCGUUAGCCCCGUAUUCGACAGCACCGCCCUGGUACAACUCGCCCGCGACGGGGGCCAUUACAAGCACCAGGAAGCAGACGGGGAGCACAUGCGGGCUCCACGCGUUCAACCAUGCGGCUGUGUCCUGCACCAUGCGCUCACGCAGCAUGCCCUUUGCACCCGCUUCGAGACGAUAUUUUGAGCAGACGGCCUUGUCCGUACGCACCGGUGACCGCCGAGGGAACCUCAUGGACCCCCUCGGGAGCAACUACGACUUCGCAGUGCUCCACUCCAACUUCGCCAACGUCGACCUGGCCUUGCUCCCGAUCAGCCCAGCAGAAAUCCAGGAACGCCUACAGGACCCGUUCACUGACUUCUCCAGCCCUGAGGCUGCAUUUCAAAUUGGAGCAUACCUCUUCAGGACUCCCACUUCGGGUGGGCAUUGGCUCGUGGUGCAGAG